GGCUGGAGGCAGACGGCAGCAGAGAGAGAGCGGAGAGGCGCGCAGGCACAGCAGGAGGAGACCCGAGAGCCGAGGCGGACCAUCAGCUGUGCGUCUCAACCAGAUGAACCAUCACCGACUCAGCCGCAGACCCGGCUCUGUGCUGGGCACCCCGAGCUAGGCGCAUGAAUUUGUGCCACACGGCUCUGCUCACAACUUCUCCCCCAUAGACUCUUGUUUUUCAUCGCGUUUUCUCAUUAUUUCGUUGCCACCAUGGUGCUGGGCAAAGUGAGGGCCUUGGCGAUCUACUUUGACAGUCUGAAUGAGAACAACCUGCCGGUGUUCUCCGGGGGAGAACUGGUGUCAGGGAGGGUGGUGGUGGAGGUUACCGGGGAUGUGCGGGUAAAGCGUCUGGACAUAACCGCGAGAGGAGUCGCCAAGGUCCGGUGGACAGAGUCGAGGAACGCCGGGGCCAACACGGCUUACACUCAGAACUACACGGAGGAGGUGGAAUACUUACACCAUUACGACACCUUGAUAGGAGAGGAGAGAGAUGAGGACAGUUCAGAGGAGGGUCUGACUGUUCUGCACGCCGGCUUGCAUGAGUUUGCUUUCAGCUUCAACCUUCCUCAGAUGGCCCUGGCCACGUCCUUUGAAGGGAAGCACGGCAGUGUGAGGUACUGGGUGAAAGCUGAACUGCACCGUUCAUGGCUGCUCCCUGUCAAAGUGAAGAAAGAGUUCAUUGUGUUCGAGCACAUCGACAUCAACACACCUCUGCUGCUGGCUCCUCAGGCUGGAACCAAAGAGAAGACCCUGUGCUGCUGGUUCUGUGCCUCAGGCCCGAUCUCCCUCAGUGCCAAGAUUGAGCGAAAGGGCUACACACCAGGUGAAUCCAUCCAAAUCUUCGCAGAGGUGGAGAACUGUUCUUCCCGGGUCGUGGUGCCCAAGGCUGCGCUGUACCAGACCCAGACCUUCUUUGCCAAGGGUAAGGGCAAGCAGAUCCAGCAGCUGGUGUCCAAUCUGCGAGGAGACCCUCUGCCGCAGGGGAAGAGCCAGAGCUGGGAGGGAAAACUGCUCAAAAUACCCCCGGUGUCCCCCUCCAUCCUGGACUGUCCCAUCAUCAGAGUGGAGUACGCCCUGGUGGUGUAUGUGGACAUUCCUGGUGGGUUGAACUUGUCUCUCUCUUUGCCGUUGGUGAUCGGGACCAUACCCCUCCAUGCCAGCACCACCCGCACCUCCAGCAUCAGCAGCAACUGCAGCACUCUGAGCUGGCUGGGCCUGUCGGAGAGACCCGAGGCACCACCGAGCUACAGCGAUCUGGCAAUAUCAGAGUCUCACAGGCGGGAUUGUCUGCAGGGCUGUGAUAGGUCUGAGGGGGAGGGAGAGGACCAGGGAUCUCUGCUCACAUACAUCACAGAGUUCAGAUAUCUCCCCCCACCACUCUACUCUGAGGUCGACCCUUACCCCGACCCCGUGGAGGUGUGUGGGGCCACGGAUGUGAGGAGGCCGGACACGUGUCCGUCCCGCUGAGGAGAGCUCAGGAGCUCUGAAGGCUUCUGCCAAAACAAGACCGCGUCACCGUCAGCUACCAGGCGCACACAGCCAGCUUCUCACCAGAUUAUGUAUCACGACAAAAAAGGCCAGACCCUCCCCGACCCGGGAAUGUCAGCUGAGAGAGUGUUAGGUGACCACUGACGUAUGGACCAGGGAUUUUGAGCCAUGCCGGAUCCUCUGUAUCCUGUGCUCAAGACGAGGCAAAAAAAAAAAAUUCUGUCUGACUCCCACUGUCUGAGUCUGUCAGAGGAAGCCUCCUCCUGCCUCACAGUGAA